UAAUUGGUGAGGUUAUUACUACGUGCUUAUACGGUGCACAAGUUGAAGACUAACACAAUAUCAUCAUUUCAUUAUAAAUAGAUGUUGAUCUUAAGCCUAUUUCUCCACACAAAAUAAAAUAGUGAUAAUCAUCAUGGCUAAGUUUGCUUCCAUCAUCACCCUUAUUUUUGCAGCUCUUUUUCUCUUUGCUGCUUUUGAGACACCGUCAAUAGUGGAAGCACAGAGGUUGUGCGAUAGGCCUAGUAAGACAUGGUCAGGGGUUUGUGGAAACAAUAGUGCUUGCAAGAAUCAGUGCAUUAACCUUGAGGGAGCACGACAUGGAUCUUGCAACUAUGCCAACCCAACUCACAAGUGUAUUUGUUUCUUCUCAUGUUAAUCUCCCCAAAAUCUUUGUUGCUUAAAUGUGUGUAUUUUACAUAAAUAAGUCUAUGUCGCUCUGUGUAAGUGACUUUAUGACAUGCAUAUUUAUGUUUUAAUGUUUGGUUGGACUUUUGUUUCUAUAGUAAUAUAAAUACUUUGUGUUUUCUAAGCCAUGACUGUUUCUUCU